CCGAGGCUUCGACUCGUAGACCCCGACGAAUCGCAAAUCGAGCCAGUGCAUUUCGUAAGCUGGGUAAUACAGACUUGGCCCAGAAGCAAGAUAUUGCGGCCCUGUACGCCUAAUUCGGAUCGUGAUGGGGGGGUUUCGCAGGAUUUCACAUGACAUGAUCCGAGCGGCGAAGUCUAGUGCCCCGCGCAUCGCGACAGGUGUGCGACGAGGCGCGCAAGAGCGACAGUUUAUAACAACACGAUCCUGCCGUACAGUAUCUACAUUUACGCGCCGAACCCUGAGCAUCACUCCUACACAACCAGCUAGACGCACUUUCUGGAACACCAGCAACGACACAGACAUGGCAUCCGCAACUACCUUCUUCGACUUCAAGCCCAAAGACAAGCGCGGUGUCGAGUACCCGCUGUCGAAACUGAACGGCAAAGUCGUGCUCGUCGUCAACACCGCGUCCAAGUGCGGCUUCACACCGCAGUUCGCCGGCCUUGAGAAGCUGUACAAGGACCUUAAGGCGCAGUACGCCGACCAGUUCGAGAUCAUCGGCUUCCCGUGCAACCAGUUCGGCGGCCAGGACCCCGGGAGCAACGACCAGAUCCAGGAGUUCUGCCAACUCAACUACGGCGUCUCGUUCCCCAUCCUGGGCAAGAUCGAUGUCAACGGCGACGGCGCAGACCCCACCUUCGAGUGGCUCAAGAACGAGAAGGCCGGCCUCAUGGGCCUGAAGCGCGUCAAGUGGAACUUUGAGAAGUUCCUUGUUGGCAAGGACGGCAAGGUCAAGGGCCGCUGGGCCAGCACCAAGAAGCCCGAGGACCUCAAGGCCGACAUCGUCAAGGAGAUCGAGGCGAAGUAGGCUUGCUGCUGUGCAGUGCAGAGGGACAGCGGAGGGCGCGGAGACGGCGUGAGAGCCGAACUAUGAUACCACAAAUUGCAUAGGAAGGGAUAAAUGACAUACAUGUUAAUGA